CCUCCCAUCCAACAAAACUUCGAACGUGUGAGAAAAGCUUUAGGGGCAGUAGUAAUAUGGCUGUUUCUUUGUGGUAAACGAUUUUUAUAAAACCGAAAUGUUUAUUUGUACAAAAACACGUCCUAGUUUUAAAAACAGUACUAUGAUCAUAGUUUAGUGUGUUAUAAUAGAUAAAAAAUCUUGUAGUAAAUAAUGUGUUUUAGAUUUAGCAUUAAACGAAAAUAAUGUUAAGUUUAUACUCUCUGUGAUUUUUUUCGUCAGUUCCAAUUUAAUAGAUCUUAAAAAUGAAACUAAAAACACUGUUAUGACCACGUACUUUUACCACGUCUGUGGAAGAUACGACGCAUCAUAGUUGACAGUAAUGUCUGAAAGCGAAGGAGAACAAACAGCUAGAUCCAUAGCAUUAGAACAAGUAUAUGUUCAUGAAGUCUAUGAGCAAUGUGCUGAAAAAACCGCUCAAAAUCGUCAUUGGCCAAAAAUUUAUAAAUUUCUCGAGGAACUUGAACCUGGAGCUCUAGUUUGUGAUAUAGGUUGUGGAAAUGGCAAAUAUUUGAGUAUUAAUAAUAAUAUUUUUCAAGUCGGUGCGGAUAGAUGUAAAAAAUUUACAGACAUUGCACGACGAAAAAAUAACGAAGUAUUAAUAUGCGACAAUUUAGCACUACCAUUUCGAGACGAAAGUUUCGAUGCAGUUUUAUCAAUCGCCGUUGUUCAUCACUUUGCAACAACCGAGAGGCGAGUGAAUGCAUUGAGAGAACUUGCACGUGUUUUAAGAAUCGGCGGAAAACUAGUAAUAUCAGUUUGGGCUAUGGAACAAAGACAUAGAAAGUUCGAAUCUCAAGAUGUUUUAAUUCCUUGGCCUAAAGCUUAUUGCUUAAAUGCUACAUGCUACUGUGGAACAAAGAUUCCAUGUGAUGAUGAGCAACGUUAUCACCUAACAAGGAAAUCUAUUUUACCAUUAAAACGUGAACAACAAAAGUAUAAAUGCCGACGAUACAGGAAUGAUCCUUUUGUUAGUUCAUCACCAUCUACAAGUAGCUUAUCAAGUCCUAACGAAACAUGUUAUAGUUUUGUUCGCCGCGCUAUACAGAAAUUAGCAGGAAAAAGAAACAUUAGCCAUCGCCCAUGGUUUUUUGAUUCUUUCCACAAUAUUAGCUGUAAAAAUCGUCAUCACGAAUUCGAUUCUGAUGAAAAUUCUGAUGUCGAUGAUAUCCCUAUUGAAUUACGAAGGUUGGAAGAUGAACAUGUAAGAUUAAACAAACUGGACAAUACUUUCGGUAUUAAAUCUAAAAGUCUUGGUGAUAUUUUGGAAAUUCAACACCUAGACUUAGUACGAUCGCGUUCAAGUAUUCCAGAUCUAUGGUCAACAGUAGCUUUGGAAGAAGAAUUUUGUGACCGAUCUUCAUUACAAAAGCCGUUAGGAAAAUCCAAGUCGCGAUUUAUUAAACAAAAAAAUCACUGUUUAGAAAACAAUUAUCUCGAAAAAACUGUUCAAAUUACUGAUAAUGGAGAACUUACUAAGAAUCUUACAGAAUUACAGGCUAACAGCAUAAAUAGAAGGUCUGGAAAACAUCCAUGUAUUUUCAAACAAUUAUCUAUGAAUGAAGAACUCAUGUCAAUGGAACGUUUAGCGGAACGUGAUUACGUACGUCAUAAAUUUAUGAAACAAAUGUCAUUGAAUGAAGAUAUAAUUUGUAAAAAUAUAACAUUAGACAAAAUAGAAGAUAAUUCAUCUUUAACAGCACGAAGAUUUCAAAUAUUAAAAAGUGGCCUUACCAACCGAAUUAAGCGAUCAACAACAAAUAUGGAUAAAGUAUCUCCGAUAUCAUUUAAAAACGGAUUAGUUAAAAUAUUUCAAAAUUGGAAAUCAUUAGAUUCUAGUUUUGAUGAUCAGACAGACAAUAAAUAUCUAGAAGAACCUAUGGUUCAAACAGAGGAAGAUAUUCCAUUACCAGUUACUUUUAAGAAAGAACCUGAAGUCGAACGAUGUUUGUCUAAAGAAGACGGCUCAGAUUCCUCUAAAGACAGUAGUCUGCAAAGUGAUACAAGUUUAGAUUCUGAAGAUAGUUUUGCAUCGGUUAUUUAUGUGCCAAAGAAACAAAUUUCGCCUGUUGAUAUCAACGCAAUGCCUUCUGUUUCCCACUUGAGGACAACCUCAGCACCACCGUCACCGAGAGUUAAACAUCCGCCAGAUCUCCACAAGCCUAAAAUUAAAAUUAUGUCAAUUUUGCCUUUAUCGAAACAGUUCCCCGCUGCUAGCAAAUCACUACCGCCCCCCAGUCCACCUGGACUUUCACCAAAAACCUUUAAUUCUUUUAUUACACAAUCGUUCUUUCAUCAGCAAAAUGUACCAUACAAUUUUGAUAAGCUUACAAACAAACAAUCAAACGAGGAGUCAACUGGUGAUUCUGAGAUAAAUUCUCACAGUGAACACAUUAGAAAAUUAAAUGAUUCAAAACCAAACGUCUUGAAAUUAAAUCAUCAUAAUUCAGAAAGUUCACCUUCAGCCGAAGAAAACGAUAGUAAGAAAAAAAUAUCUAUAAAUAAAUGGAGUGUAGGAAAACCGAAAGAUUAUUCAUCACCGUCCAGUUUAAUUGAUGAUGUUCCGAUAGUAGAAAAUUUAAAACCAGGCUCAGAAUCAAACGAAUCACUAGAAAAAUCUCACAAAGAAAUUUCGAAUGAUGAAGACAACAGAAAGUGUCGAUUGAACGAAAUAAAAGAAUUAUUGCAACAAAAGCCAGGAUUCGCGACCAGAUGUUCAAAACCGUCGUUCCCAUUAGUACGAAGAGCGUCCACAGCAACGACAGGAAGACUAGAAGCAGUAGCGAAGACAUUGCCACGGCUGUUGUCAUUAGAGUUAUUCAAUCCGGAAACAGAUGAUUUAGACAGUGAUUCUAGUGGCGUUUCUUCGCCCGAUUCAGUUGAUUCCGUCGUCAGCGUAAUUUCCGACGAACGUCGCAUUGACAAAUUCAAAAUUAUCCAAUCAAAACAAUUAGAACUAUCGAAAAAAUUAAAAAAUCCCAGCAGUACUGCAGAAUCUGUUAAGAAUAACGACAAGGAGCCUACGAAUGAAUCGAUAAUUUUUUCUAUUGCGUCAUCAACGCAAUCAUUUAGGAUACGCGAGCCAUCUGCCGAGCUAUCAAGUGUCGGAAACACAGCGGAUUCAAAAAUUGGAUCGCGGUCUGAAUCAGAAACGUGUUCCCAGGUUUCAGAGUGUACGGAAAGUUCUAAAUCAUCGUCGAUAAACAAUGAAAACCUGAGUAAUGAUCUUAAUUGGAACGAGAAAUCAGGGGAAAAUCUGAUCAAUUUCAGCGACAGCAUAACAGAAAAUUUCUUUAAAGAUAUUGAUCAGUUUUGCCAACAGAGAAAAUUGGAGCUUUUGAAUGACAUAACAAGCAGCAGCAAAACAACUUUGAAUUCUGAUAAUUCUUCAUCACAAGCUUGUGAUCAUGAAUUAGAAGGAACAUCAAAUUCCGAUGAAUUGCUAGUAGAUAAUACAGUUCUAUGGUUGAAAAAUUCAAUAGAUGAGUUUUCAAAAUCAGACAAUAAAUUAAACUUAAUUGAUAACUUAAUAAUCAAAAGAGAGUGUCAAGGAAACGAGUGUCUCUACGGAAUCAGCUCUGAAGAUACAAUGGGAUUUGUUAUAGUGUCAAAAAAUGGAGAAGUCGAGGAAAAUAAAAGUAUAGAUGAUAAGUUUAUACUGGAUUCCAGAGUCAAUAAAAACGAUAAGGAACAAAAAGUUUCAAAUAUCUUUAGUAAUUUCUUAGAGCCUAAUGAUGAGGAUUCUGAUAAUUUCGGUAGUUCGCAAACAACACAAAGUUCACCGACGAAAUUUUUAGAAUCUAAUGAUAAAUAUAAACAUCAAAAAGACAAGAGAAUAUGUCAAUAUAACGAGCGAUUAGUAUCUGAAGAAAUGGUUGAAGAUAACAACCGGACCAAUGCACCAACAAAUGAUGACUACAGUGAAUCAUCAUCGCAAGAAUCACUUCUGUCUGAACGGGAAGGUGGUGCUAUUACUUAUCAUCAAUAUUAUCACGUUUUUAGGGAGGGGGAACUUGAUCAGUUGAUUAAUACGUAUGUUGAAAAUUUACAUAUUAUUUCGUCGUAUUACGACCAUGCCAAUUGGUGUAUUGUCGCUGAAAAAGUUCAAGUUUGGACUAUAUAACAUUUUAUAUCUUGUAAAAAUUAGCUAUUUUAUAUGCUAUUAUUCUAGUUUGCUUAAUAAUUUAUCAAGUUGAGGACAUAAAUUAAAUGCAGAGGAACUAAUAAAGCCAUAAAAAUCCACCUUUAAAUAAAAUAAAGUGAUUUUUUUUUCUUUUGUAAAAAUAAGUAUUACAUAGCCUACAAUGCAACCCUUUAAUUAAAAGCAAUUAUACAUUUGUGUGUUAAAAAAAAUUAAGUAUUGGAAAUAAAUUUUUUUCAAAAGUAUUAAUAAAAAAAAAUUUAGAAAAUAGAAAAAAAAAUUAUCAAAUCGAAAAUUUUAUGUAUUUCAUAACUUAAUAUUCGCUGGUAACUAAAUAUUAUUAUUAUAAAAAGCUAAGCCCCGUUAAAAAAAAAUCUUUUCAAGACCACGAUUUCUGAUUUAUCUUUUAUUUAAACCUUUUUAGAUUUAGUGAGAUUCAAAACGUCUCUCCAUUCAUUCAUCCUCGUAGUAGUCCUUUCGCUGCUGUGGAUGCGCGCGCAAUUUUUAGCCAAACGGAUCUGACAAAUGUUUGUAUUUUUUAAGAUGCUAUCUUAAUAAAUAAUAGAGAUAGACGAAAGAUGAUUGAGUCAUUAUUUGUGUAUUUUGAUACAUGGAAGCUUAUUUUGUCAUUAUUUGAGAGAUAUCAAUUAUAAAUUUCUUGUAAUUUAAGUUUGAACAAUUAAAUUGUUUAUAACAAAAAAGCUGGACCACCGUAGAACUUUUUAAUCCUCGCAUCAAAUUACAUAAAUACUCGUAGAAAAAUCUAAUCGACCUGAUUUUGCACACAGCCAUAAGAAUAGCGGCGAAAGGACUAUAGAACCAAAUAGAUCCAUACAAAUCCAAAACACGAUUCAUUUUGUUUAUCAUUAGAUUAAGUUAAUUUAUGUAAAUCAACACAAAUGUACGUCUGAAUACACAGAUACAAAAAAUUAAGGAAAGAGAAAAAAUUUAUAAAUUCUUUAGUGA